GAAGAAGGAAGUGCAGUUACAUUGAGGAAGGAUCAAAACAUCUAAACUGGGUUGCCGUUUUUACAGACAAAUUCAGGUGCAUAGCGAAGGCGAAAGGCUUCGAGAAGCCUGGGAUUUCUCUUCAAAUUCUGAUACAAAAGCUGGGAUGAAGAACUGUCUAUCUAAUUUCAGUUUAUUUAAUGGCAGGUAUUGGAAAUUUCACAGUAAAAAGGAAGACAUUUUUAUCAGACAUAUAAGUGCCAUAAGCCCUCGACAAAGAUCUUUACAUCAUCCGUAAAUUAAUCAUGCAAUAUUUAAUUUAAAGUUUGUGAUUGAAAUUGAUUACUUUGGUAUUGCAUUAAGUGAGCGCUAGAUACAACAAACUGUUUUGCGCGCGAGCUGAGGAUCUCCACGGCCAGUUAGCUCUGUGGUCGGAGGUAUUUAAAUUCAAGGCAAUCAUUGUUAUUGCACGAAAUGUUUCCAGCUGGAUACAGUAAGGCCUCAAAAGUUUGUGCGUUCGCUGUUUUUUGAACGACACAUUUGACCGAGUUUAUUUGAUGUGGGCGGGUGGGUAUAAUUUGUGGAACGUUCCAACAGGAAUCUGUUCCAAAAAUUUCGUAAACAAGGUUGCCAAUAAACAACGCAUACAAAGUUGUAUAGCGGCAGAAUAAGAUACCGGGUAGGGAGUGGGCUAUUUAAUUUUUCACUCACCAUGUUUAUUCCGAAAAAUGUCUGUCCUCACUCUGGUAGCCUAUGGACAAACAUUAAGAAUAAGCUACGUGGUGAGUUGAUGCCUAUUCGGCAGCUAGUUAGCGACGUGAAUUGAUCAUUCUACUCUGUAUGCGUCGUUUGUUGGCAACCUUGUACUUUACGAAGUUUUUGGAACACAUUCCUGUUUGAACGUUCCACAAAUUAUACCCACCCGAUGUGGGCCAGUGCAUAGUUAAUUGUUAGGUUCGUUAAAUUCGUACGACCAUUGUUGAAUAUCUAACUAACGUGUAAGACAGAUGAUUGCGAAAAAGACAAGUGUCAUUUUGUUUAUCAGAAUUGGCGACCUGACCUCCUGGUGGUGGCAGAUUGUAGCCUUUACGGUCGUCUCUAAGCCUAGGGGCUAGAUAGGGGAUGAGUAUAUGCAUUUUAAACACUUAAUAUUUUGCAUAAUAAAAAUAAAUAAACUGUCAAGAUGAAACUCCUGGAGAAUUCUAGUUUUGAAGCCAUAAACACAAGACUCACCAUUGAAACGGGGGACUGUCAGAUAAUAGGAAGGAUCGAGAGCUACUCUUGCAAGAUGGCAGGCGAGGACAAGCAGAUGUUCAAGCAGUUCUGUCAGGAGGGACUGCCUCAUGUCCUGGAAGCCCUGUCCCCUCCACAGUCCUCAGGAAUAAGCCCCAACAAGUUGAGCCAGAGUCAGAGUGGAGACGAGGGGGAAGGGCCUCUCUCUGACAAGUGCAGCAGGAAGACCCUCUUUUACCUGAUCGCCACCCUCAACGAAUCCUUCCGCCCCGACUAUGACUUCAGCCGCACGAAGAGCCACGACUUUAGCAGAGAGCCCAGCGUUAACUGGGUGUUCAACGCGGUGAACAGUAGUCUGUCGGCGGCGGUCGGGGAGGAUUAUAGUCUGCUUCAGCCCCAGCUGUGGGAGGCCAUUGGCGCUGAGAUCUGCCUGACCGAGUGUGACAUCUACAGCUACAACCCAGACCUGGACUCUGACCCGUACGGAGAGGAGGGCAACAUGUGGUCCUUCAACUAUUUCUUCUACAACACAAGGCUGAAGAGGAUUGUCUUCUUCACAUGCCGCUCGGUCAGUUUAUUCAUGGCACCACGGGACUCUGGCAUUGGCAAUGAACUGGACCUGGAGCUGGAUGAAGAUUUUUAUGAGAACAUGGAUGAAGAUAGGUAUGGUGCCCUGUGUGCCCAGUGAAGCACCAGUCCCAGUCUCAUACAGGACCAGACAGUAUACUGGAUGUCUGUCUGUACCCACGUCACUACCAUUUAUUUUACAACUCAUCUAAAACUCAUCAUAUUUCGUGUUGGGAUUUUACUUCUGUUUUUUUCUCUGACUUUGUGUUGGUGAACCUCACUGUAUUUUACUGUGGAAAUCAGACUAUGAGCUUGGAGAUCUGUUACUCAUGUUCAGAUGAGGAUUAUUCCCAUUUAUUUGUGUUUAUCAUUUUAAUUUUCCAUCGCUACGUUCUCCUUACCUUGUUUAUCAGAAGCAAAAGCUUUGUUUGGUGUGUUUGACCUGGUAUUAGAGCAUGUCCUGGCACUCAUUAAUUUGCAACAUAUUUCACAUUCUCUAUGCUGGUUUUGAUAAUGCAUUAAUUAAGCAAAGUUUUUGAUUUUUAUUAUGUUUUUCAAGCUUUACCAUUCCAAAGUGUGAGCUGUUCUCAUACCAAAUUGGCACUCAAGGUUUAGGUAUAGGACCAUUCUCAGACUGCAUGCUUGAGCGCAUGUUUGAACACCAGGGGGCAGACUCAAUUUAGGUGUCCUCCACUGUAGCUACAUCCAUAAAACUGCUGUUUGCCGAUGGCCAAACAAUACUGUCAUUUCAAUCUCAGCUGAUGGAAAAGUCAUAUAACAGCUUGAAUCAGUCUGCCUCUUGGUGAUGUUCUACCUUCCAUACCAAUGCUACUCAAGCCUACAAUUGUUUAUUUGUUUUUAUUUAGCGUCAAGUGCAGUCUAUAGUUUUAUGGGUCAAGCCAGCAAAUACGAUUCUGCUGCAUAUCUGUUCCAAAAGCACCCCAGAAUCUAGUCUUGAUUCUCAAUUCCAUGGUGUGUUUUAAGGACUUGUGUGACAUGUGACUUCUCAUAUGUAGUACAAACUCUGCUUGUAGAGUAUACUGUUUGAAUUUACAUAUCUUGUAUUUUAAUAUAACUUAAAGCCUUUUUUAGGUAUUGCUUUAGUUUAAGCAUUUUUUUGUGUGUUUAGUUAGAGCGGUGCCCCCUGUGUGGCAUUUUGAAAUGUAAUUUUAGACUUAGUCUCAAGACAAAUCUAAACGUCUGAUUUAUAAUUUCCACUGCAAAAACUCCCUGUAGAGAUCAGUGAUGCCUAUGGUCCAACAUUCCUGAUCAAAUGAAGCAUGUACUGAAUAUGCAAUAAUGCAUUUGUGACUAGUGGGUGGACUGAAGAGCAAGGCUACCUAUUUAGGCUCAGUAGUGAGUGGUUGGUUAGUCAUCUUUCAAUGGUCACAGCUCCUGUAUCAGUAUUUUGGUUGUCCUAUUGACUACCAGCUGGACAGUGUUACUGUAUGUGGCAUACGUCUUGCUCUUGCCCGUUUUUGUAUAAGUAAAAUGUGAAAGACUCAUAUCCUUCGUACAUUAGGUACAAAAUGGUAGAACGAUACAGUAGGUAUUGUAAAGUUUCAUCUUGUCCCUUCUAUGUGAUGUAUAUCUAUCUGCCUCUAGUGACGUUGAAACCACAAACCUAUUCCUGAAUUUGAUUUCAAAUGUCAACAACAUCCUAAGUUAUCAACAUAUUGACUUUUGACAAACAUACUUUGUGCAGGUAGACAUGUCUACAGUACACAUUUUCUUGUUGAUUAUCUUUGUCUACAGAGCAGCUGUUUUAGACUUUCAACACUGAUUUGUUCAAUGUGGCCCAUGUGUAAAAAUAAGGUGGUUGUCAUGGCAAGGACAUGCAGGCUUAUUGCCUCCGACUUCCGGAUGAUAUGGUCCAAUUAAAUACUAAGAAGCGAGAUAAUAUUGUUGCGGAAGUCGGCUAACUCUUGCAUCAUUGGCACAUUUAUUUUAGUCUUGUGCUAAUGACUGGCAGCUUACAAGACCUCAUACUUCUGGUUUUAUUUCACUAAACUUGUAUCCAUUUGAUUUGUCACCAACUCACCAUGUACAAUAAAGGUCUUGACUAAAACUG